AUUUAUGAAAAAAUACAAGGCAAGUUCUUCAGUGGAUUGCAUUUAUAUGGAAAGCAUGUUAAAUAAAUAAAUGAGAUCUAAUAUAAGAAUGAUACAAAGCAAAUAGUUAAAUCUACCACAAACUCCAAAACCUAUGUCAUAAAAUUAAUCAAGAAGAAUCGUAAGUAGGUUAAAUAGUUAGGGUAAGAAACUGCAAAGGAGCCUUAGUAAUUCGUAAUUCAGCUGUAGGACAACAAGAUUCUUAUGAGUUAAUUGUGUUAACCUGUGAUUAUUCAUUCUCAUAGAAUUGUCUCGAGUAAUAAGCAUUCCAUUCUUGAAAGUCCUAAGUUUAAAAGAAAUUGUUUACAUUUGGAUUAACAUCAAAUUUAAAUUAAACAUUAACAUUUCUUAAAAAAGGGUGCAUAAGUUUAGUCAUCUCAAAAAUAAACUAAACCAUGGUAUCCUUUUGCAAGAAUGAAAAGAAAGCAAUUAUUGACUAAUUUUUUUGAUUAAAAAUAAAACCAAAAUACUUAAAACAAUUAGAUCAUAACUCAUUUUCAGUCUAUGGCUGAUUUAACAGGUUGGUAGACUAAUGAAGAUCCAUAGAUGGAAAUCCAAUGA